AUGACAGCUUAUGAACUUCAGUCGCCGUGCCGCGUAGAAGAUGCGCAGUACAUUGCACUGAGCAAGGUCUCAGCAUUUUUCGAGGAGGCUUGGUGGAGACUGUCUUGGACUGGCAGAACCCGUGAAUCCGUCAUCCAGAGCGUCGCGGACAGAAGCCCCAAGAACCUACUGACGGACAGAGAAGUACGGAGACACCAGAAGGUGGUUCACCUUGAGACGGGAGACAUCGCGGGAUAUGCGCGAUGGAUCUUGCCAGAGUCGCACAAGGAUCACUGGCUCAACGCGCAAACACCAGAUGUGAGCGAUGAAGAGAGAGGGGUCUUUGAUAAACGACAUGCGGAAACUGAAUGGAAACCACGGAGAGAUAAUGAUAAGUAUGACGAGCACAUAGAUGUUUGGAAAGAGAAGUACAAAAAUGAAAACGCAAUUGAACUUCACUACAUUGGUGUUCGUCCGGACCACCAGCAGAAAGGAGUAGCAAGUAUUCUUGUCAAGUCGGGCCUUGAGGAAGUCGACAAACUAGGCCUCGAUGCCACGGUAAUUGCUAUGGGUCGACGUGGUAUGGGGCUUUAUCGGAAAUAUGGAUUUGAGAUUGUUGAGGAGAAGAGUGAAAGCAUGAGCGCCCUGGGGGUCGAUGAGCUUUACGAAACUUUCUACAUGAUCCGACGAGCCGUAAGAUAG